AUGGAAUCUGUCCUAAGGAACGACAUUGUGGAAGGAAACAGAACAAUCUCAAACCUCGCAAAGCUUCUCUGCAUACCAUACAAGACCAGGAUAGUCUCCCAGAUAAUAUUCCAGCAGGUAUAUCCGAAGCUUUUCAAGAAGGAGAGCUACAAUGUAGUUGCUCUUGUCUGUGUUUACUUGGCAUCCAAGAUCAAUGAGACAUUGAUAAAGCUGGAUGUAAUUUUAGAGGCAAUGGCAAAGGCUGCACACAUGAGCACAGCACCGUCUAGAGAAAGGAUUAUAGCCAUAGAAUGCAAAGUAAUAGAGCUGAUUGAGUUCCAGUUCAAUAUCAGUCCUGUACAGUUCUUUCUCCUGAGGCUUGGGAAGACGCUGAAUAUAGAUGUUCUGAAAAAGCUUAGUGUUCUGGACGAAAUCCAUGGCGAUGGGAGAGUGAACUUCAUCAAGUACUUUGGCGGGGUUUACGAGCCAGAGAUGGUUGCACUGAGUGUUCUGGAUGAAGAAGAGCUUAGUCUCUUUGAGUGCUUUUUUGGGGUGAGUGUGAACAGGGCAUUGGUUGAGGAAAUAAAGUCGGUGGUGAUAAAGAAAUAA